UUUGAAUCCUGACUGAAAGCGAGUCCGUUUGAAACCUCCGCGGCCACGUGAGCGCAAACUUCAUGCCCUCGCGCGGAAGUGACGUCAGGGGAGCGAUGGCGGCUCGCGCUGCUCUACUGUAUUGGCUUUAAACUGUUGUCAGAGGUGAGAAACUACGCGUUUUCUUUUCGCUUUCACCCAAAGGCUCUCCGAAAGAGGCGCAAAGCGCACAGUGCUGUUAAAAGCCGCAGCGGAUGGACGCUCGCGCUUCUCUCGGCAGCAAAGAGACAUUUGCUCGACGCUCCAGUCGGUUUGACGCUCCGGUGUGAAGCUGUGAAAGCUCGGCGGGUCUCACCUUCCUCCACAGGUGUGUCGUGUCUCCGGUGUGAAUCCCUCCUCUCGGACUCUGGUGUUAUGGUGGACAUGAUCAAGACGCGCCAGUGUCUGCUCGGCGCGCGCUCUUUCCUCGCACUGACCUCCAGAAUAUGGAGCUUGUUCUUGUACAUCCUCAGGAAGCACAUACGAACGAUAAUCCAGUAUCAAACAGUGCGCUACGACAUCUUACCAUUGUCACCUCUUUCCAGAAACAGACUCAACGCCGUGAAGCGAAAGAUCUUAGUUUUAGAUCUGGACGAGACGUUGAUCCACUCGCAUCACGAUGGUGUUCUCAGACCUACAGUGCGGCCGGGAACACCACCAGACUUCAUCCUUAAAGUGGUGAUAGACAAACAUCCGGUGCGAUUCUUUGUGCAUAAAAGGCCUCAUGUGGACUUCUUCCUGGAGGUGGUCAGUCAGUGGUAUGAGUUGGUGGUGUUCACUGCUAGUAUGGAGAUCUACGGAUCUGCGGUAGCUGAUAAACUGGAUAACAACAAAGGAUUGCUCAAAAGAAGAUACUACAGACAGCACUGUACGCUGGAUUCAGGUAGUUAUAUUAAAGACCUGUCCGUCGUACAUGACGACUUAUCAAGUAUAGUCAUUCUUGACAACUCGCCGGGAGCGUAUCGCAGUCAUCCAGAUAAUGCAAUACCUAUAAAGUCCUGGUUUAGUGACCCCAGUGACACAGCACUUCUCAACCUGCUGCCGUUGCUGGAUGCUCUACGGUUCACGGCAAACGUACGAUCCGUCCUGAGCAGAAAUCUCCACCAGCAUCGACUCUGGUGACCAUCCGGCCGAGGGCUUUCUUCAAGUCUGCUCUACUUUCUUGGUUUUGUUAUUUUCCAGCUGCUUCCCUUGAGUGGCAUCUGCCUGUCCGCUCUCCCUCGACUCUUCACCUCCCAGAAACAGCCUUACAUCACGGCCAUCGGGAGCAGAGUCUGUCCCGGACUUAAAGGGGAUGAAAAACUUCAGGAGUCUCUGCCUUACAGCUCUGCAUAUGCUGACUGUGUGUGUGUGUGAGAGAGAGAGCGAGAGAGUUAUGUUUGUGGUAUGUGUGUAUGAGGACAUCUGCUGUUUUUCUUUUUAAAUAUUUGAGGCAGACCUUCUCGUGACUUGCAUCUUCAAUCCCAGCUUGGGACGUCAUACCUCACUUCUAGAGGUGGUGCGAAUGGAGAUCUGGCCAGCAGCACUCUGCACAUCGAAAAACUCUUGUUCAGACGGAUUAUGACGGACCGCUAGACUUCAGGGUCAUCAUGGUAGAGUUGUAUAUGCUAUUUUUAAGGUACUGUCUUUGUAGACAUGGGGUUUUAAUGACUUCUCAAUGGUAGGCCUGUCCAAAUUCAUGGAUCUUGGAAAUAAAUUCUGCAGCAGAAUUUUUAAGUUUUAUUCUUCUGGUCAAUUCUCAUCCUGUUUUAUUCUGGGCAGUAAAUAAAUUUGUCAUGAUUAUCAGGAAGGAUGUAAUCGAUAUGAGCUUUGAAGAAGCUGAACGACAGAUUUUAACCCUUUCUGCUCUAAUUUUUCUCUACAGAAUGUAUGUGGUUGGAUAAGAAAUCCUACCACUUGGACUCCUUUUUACAAAGGUUUUUUUUUUCUUUUCUCUUCUGAAAGUGUAAUAAUGGCAAGACUUGAAUUUAUAAAACUUCAUUGUAUUGAAGAGCUGACUGAGCAACAGACACCUUUUAUUUUCUUUACUCAAGGCUAUGCUGGUUUCUCUGCACCCUUCAGAUAAUGUCAGUUCUGUUCUCAUCAAUCUAACACUUGUCGAGUCUCGAGGCAGCUUCCUGGGACACAAGUCCAUAGACCUGUGCACGUUACUAAUAAAAACGUGUCACUAUC